AUGAACUUUCGUAUCGGGUGCUGGUUCUACUUCGGACGAACUGUCGAGCUGGGGCAGACAUUUGUGUGCUCUUCCGACCCCGACCCUCAGCUUUCAGCCUUUCAGAACACGCCGACUCUCCGACCCUACACCUACGGGAGGUUCGAGAUGUACCUCUCCACCGCCGGCAACGGGUCGCUGUGGUUCGGAAUUAGCGAGCAGUACAAGUACGCAAUGGUCACGAACUUUUACACCUGCGGGGUCACGGUGCAACCGCUUGACUCGACCACGGUUACGACGACAUCCGACGUGUUGAUAACGGCGAUCCCGGAGCAGGGGGAGCUAUGCGACCUCGGCGACGGCAUCGAUCUACAGGUUCGCUCGGACGAGUUCUCGGCCAACAUCGAAGAUGUGGGGGCCUGGAUAUACUUCGACGGACGUUCCCUCAAUGUAUCCCACGAGGAAACGAGGCUCUCCCUUCGCUUCGCAUACACGGGAGAACAUUUCAUCAACGUGUACCUUGCUAGCGGCGCGCGCCUGGCGUCGAUGAACAUUACCGUGGUCGCUGCAGCUCCGUACGCGCCAGCUUGUGAAGUGACUGGGCGCCCUCCAAGCUCCGCCCCCGAGGGGUCUUCCGUAGUUGCGUCCUUGACAGCACGGGAUUUCUACGGCAAUAGCAUCACCGAGCAGUGGGGGGACAACGCCUUCCAGGCCUGGACCUACGCGGGCGGCGUCGGCGACAACGUUUCGGCCGCCACCGUACACGACACCGGUAACGGGUCGUACCGCGUCGUGUCGGACACCCUGGGAGACGCUGCAACUACAUUCCUGUUCGUGGAGAGGGACGCUCUAGGUGUUCCCGGAAGUCCCUUUGAGGUUUACGUUUUUGGCCCCGCCAAUUGUGCUGUGAUGUCGACCGUCGGCGACUGCCAAUCCGACUUGUGGAGACCGGUUUCGCAGCAAUGGGCGGCCCGUUCUCCUUGCAUAGGCCAGUUUGAUGACCCCGAGCACUCUGGGAUAGGCUGCGGCUACAUUCCCCUGAAAUCGGAUCUAGGAACAACCAUAGUCGUUUGCGCCGCUUUCGCCGGCCUCUACGCUGCCGUGAUUCUGUGGUGGAUUCGACGGGAACGUUGGGCCGUUAUCGUCAAGCUGAGCCAGCCGUUCGUGUGCCAGCUCUUCCUCGCCGGCUGCAUCCUGCUCAACAUCACGGCGGCGUUCCUCGUGGGGGUCGCGUCGGACCCUAGCUGUGUGAUGCAGCCGUGGAUGCUGCACAUCGGCCUGACCUUCACCAGUGGGUAG